AUGAGGAUGGAGUUUUUUUCCAGGAUGAAGGCUGCUGGGGUCAUUACGCUGAUGACGAUGAUGAUCAGCCUUCAUCAGAUUUAUUCUUCUUCUGCUCAGGAGUGUCCAUCCACUCACGAUCUGCUGAACUCGCUGCGGCAGGUGGAGAAGAUGCUGGCGGUCCAUGAGACGUCCUACCAGCAGAGCCUGCGCUCCCUAAAGAAGAAGAUUAGCACCCUGCACAACAGCACCAUGGCCGUCUUUAAAAUAGCAUCCUGCCCCAAACCGGAUCCCCCCGCUCACGGCCGCAGACUGGGCAGGGUGUUUGGCAUCGGACACGAGGUCCACUUCCUGUGCAAGUCCGGCUAUGAGCUGAUUGGUCCUCGGACCCGAGUGUGUCUGGAGUCUCUGAAGUGGAGCGGUCAGCAGCCCAUGUGCAGACACCUCAACAGCACCGCCAACUCCCUCCCCUCCUUCUCUCCCGCUUCUCCCUCCUCCUCCGCCUCCUCUUCGUCAUCAUUUCCUGCUUCUGCUGCUCUGUCAGCAUCCUCUUCAGCAACUUCACUUUCUCACCAGUCACCCACGUCAUCCUCUCCCUCCUCUUCAGUACGACCCUCUCACUGCACACACUUCCUGGGCUCCACCCGCUGCACCUGUGACGUGGGCUUCACCAUAUCAGGCCGUGACAACAACAUCUGCACAGAUAUCGACGAGUGCCAUCUGUUUCCCCUCGGUCAGCCUGGCCUGCUCUGCGUCCAUCAGUGCGUGAACACACCCGGCAGCUUCCACUGCAUCUGUCCGUCCGGGUACGACCUGACCAGAGACGGCCGCGGCUGCACAGACAUUGACGAGUGUGAAAACCGGAUGCACAACUGCACAGCAGACCAGCUGUGUGUGAACACCUACGGAGGUUUCCAGUGUGUGACGGUGGAGUGUCCUCGCUUGAAAAACGCCACGUACAUCAAAACAUCGUCCAUGCGGUGUGAGAGGAACCCGUGCAUGCUGGGAGACAAGCCAUGCACUCAGGCACCAAACUCCAUCUCCUUCCACUUCCUCUCUGUAGUGUCCAACAUGUCCGCCCCGCGCAUCCUCUUCCGGGUGUCUGCCGCUCGCGUGCUGGGCGACACGCUGCGAUUCGGCCUCGCCGGCGGUCGCGGCCGGGGCCACUUUAGUGUGCAGCGCUCGGGCAGACAGACGGGCACCCUCCUCCUGGUGACGCCCAUCAAGGGGCCGGCCACGCUAGAAGCCGAGGUGGAGAUGAGCGAGCUGGAGCACAACACCCUGCUGGGCCGCUACCUCACCAAGGUCACCCUGUUCGUGUCUCCGUACGAGUUUUAGAAAGGAAGCGAUGACGGUUACCCGGGGUUUGUAGAAGGAGAUAAGCUGAACUCUGACUGUACUGAUGAAGACGUUUCAGGGCAGGAUGAAGAGUGGACGUGGAACCACUGAGUGUUUUUGACCUCUUUGUAGGUGACUAACUGUAAUUUUCUA